GGUGCCGCAGGGCCAAUGGGAGCGGUGCCGGCCCAGCCUGUCCCGCCCUGCGCCUCCGGACGUCUGUGCCGAGACAUGGCCGCUGCGGAUGCCGGGUCCUUGAGCUGAGCGCCUGCUGCGGGAGCCAACCUCUGCCGUCAACCGUCCGCACGGGCUGGGCCCAGACGCCGGGACGGCGAAGAUCCGCGGAGAAGGCUGAGGCUGCCACAGGACGCCGCCGCGGCGGGCGCAUGGCGUCCAUCUUGCUCAGGAGCUGCCGCGGCCGGGGGCCUGCCCGCCUCGCGCCACCGCGGGUCGCCUCCCCGCGGGGUAGUCUGAGGGAUCGAGCUUGUCUCAGUUGUACCAGGACUGUGGGGUUGACGAGCCAUGAGAGUGUUCUGUCUCGCUGUUGUACUCCAGCCCAUCCUGUGUACCUCUGCUUCAAAGGUGAGCCCCUCAGCUGUUGGACUCAGAGGCCUGUGUGUCAGGGCACCACGGCAAGGGCAACAUGGACUCCUGCCUCUGCAAAGCUGGUGGUUACAGGACCUCAGUACCUUACUGUGCGAGGCUGGCACUCAUCAUCCCCGCUAGGAGAGGACUCUGUGAUAGAGAAGUCCCUUAAGUCCUUAAAGGACAAGAAUAAGAAGCUGGAAGAGGGUGGCCCCGUGUACAGCCCACCAGCUCAGGUGGUGGUGAAGAAAUCCCUUGGGCAAAAGGUACUGGAUGAACUGAAGCACUACUACCAUGGCUUCCGCCUGCUCUGGAUUGACACCAAGAUUGCUGCUCGUAUGCUGUGGCGCAUCCUCAAUGGCCAUACGCUGACCCGCCGGGAACGUAGGCAGUUUCUCCGGAUCUGUGCAGACCUUUUCCGUCUAGUGCCCUUCCUGGUGUUCGUGGUGGUGCCCUUCAUGGAGUUCCUGCUGCCUGUGGUUGUGAAGCUCUUCCCCAACAUGCUGCCCUCCACAUUUGAGACCCAGUCUAUCAAGGAGGAAAGGCUGAAGAAGGAGCUUAGGGUGAAGCUGGAGCUAGCCAAGUUUCUCCAGGACACCAUAGAGGAAAUGGCCCUGAAGAACAAGGCAGCCAAAGGGAAUGCCACCAAAGAUUUCUCUGCAUUUUUCCAGAAGAUCCGGGAGACAGGGGAGCGACCCAGCAAUGAGGAAAUCAUGCGUUUUUCCAAAUUAUUUGAGGAUGAACUGACCCUGGAUAACCUCACGAGGCCUCAGCUGGUAGCACUGUGCAAGCUGCUGGAACUUCAGUCCAUUGGCACCAACAACUUCCUGCGUUUCCAGCUCACCAUGCGCCUGAGGUCCAUAAAGGCUGAUGAUAAGCUGAUUUCUGAGGAAGGGGUGGACAGUCUGACUGUGAAGGAAUUGCAGGCAGCAUGUCGAGCACGAGGCAUGCGGGCACUCGGUGUCACAGAAGACCGUCUAAAGGGCCAGCUGAAACAGUGGCUAGACUUACACCUGCAUCAUGAGAUCCCCACAUCAUUGCUCAUACUGUCCCGGGCCAUGUACCUCCCAGACACCCUCUCACCUGCUGACCAGCUGAAGUCCACCUUGCAGACCCUUCCAGAAAUUGUGGCAAAGGAGGCUCAGGUAAAAGCGGCAGAAGUGGAAGGCGAACAGAUAGACAACAAGGCGAAGCUGGAGGCCACACUGCAAGAAGAGGCCGCCAUCCAGCAAGAACACCUGGAAGAACUAAAGAGAGCUGCAGAGGCUGUGAAGGACAUUCAGCCAGAAGUAGUAGAAGCCACUGUCCCUGAGAGGCCAGUGGCCGAGCUUGAGCCCAAGAUGGUUGAUGUGAUCCUGCCCUCAGAGGUACUGAAGGAUACGGCACCUGUACUGGAAGGUUUGAAGGGAGAAGAGAUUACCAAGGAGGAAAUUGACAUCCUCAGUGACGCCUGCUCUAAGCUACAGGAGCAGAAGAAGUCCCUGAUCAAGGAGAAGGAGGAGCUGGAGCUACUGAAAGAGGAUGUCCAGGACUACAGUGAGGACUUACAGGAGAUCAAGAAGGAACUUUCAAAGACAGGUGAUGAGAAGUACAUAGAAGAAUCUAAAGCUAGCAAGAGGCUGUCAAAGCGAGUACAGCAGAUGAUUGGGCAGAUCGAUGGCCUGAUCGCACAACUGGAGACCACUCAACAGAAUGGCAAGCUGGGCCCCAGUGAGAGCUCUCCAACAGGGGAGAGUGUCAUCAGCAUCAGUGAGCUCAUCAGCGCCAUGAAGCAAAUCAAGCACAUUCCAGAACACAAGCUGAUCAGUUUGACUUCCGCCCUGGAUGAAAAUAAGGAUGGCAAUAUCAACAUCGAUGACCUUGUUAAGGUAAUCGACUUGGUAAACAAAGAAGAUAUUCAGAUCUCUACCAGCCAGGUAGCCGAAAUUGUCGCCACACUAGAGAAGGAAGAAAAGGUGGAAGAGAAAGAAAAGGCCAAGGAGAAGGCUGAGAAAGAGGCUGCAGAAGUGAAGAAUUAGAGCCACCGGCUUCCAGCCCACAAGGUCUGCCUUCAUCGUGCUACGCCAACCACGGUGGCAUGACAAACAAGAGUGAUUGCUUUGAGGUGAUUCUUAGUGGCAAAUCUAGUAUUUUGUCUGGAAUAAAUCAGAAACUUCCACAAUGAAGCCAAUUUUAAUUUUCAUCAUUCCACGAAGAUUCAGUCCAGCUGGAGCCAGAAAGGGUGGCUGUGUCUGGACUUGUGCCAUGGUAUGGUACUAAACAGCCCUAACCUGUGGGUUAAGGUACAGCUGCCAAUAGGGUCAUAGCCCCACGCUGACCUCUAGCUUCAGUGAUGGCUCUGGCCAGGCUUGGUAGGAAGGCAUAUUUCUGUAUGUGUCCUUACUGGAUUUCCGUCCUGUGAGAGCAGAGUGAGAACCAACUGGACCCCAACACCUGUGUGGAGCCAAGAGGAUGUUCCUGUGUGUCCUCAUAGGCCUUGGGAUAGGAGUUAGACACAAGUGCAGGCCGCUCUGCUCUGAAGACACUGCUGUCAGCCUGAGGGACUGAGAUUCCUAAAUGCCAGUGUUCAUAGAUCUGUUUGCUCAUGCCUCCACAAUUGUCUUUACCACAGGUCCCUGACAGCAGUGUCUGUGUCCUGUGUGAAUUCCGAGGCAUGUUGACUAGAGCUCAGUUCACCACUGAUGUCCACUUAAUAAUUCUUUAACUGACUGGUACUGAAUUUUCAUACAUGACCGUCCACCUAAUUCAUGAGUAAUUCCUAAUAUAGUGGGUGACACACAUUGAAGAAGCCUUUGAAAAUGAAAUCUUUUCUGUUGGGCAUCCACAUUGCUGAGCAGACCUGGGGAAUAGAACUGACAUCUGCAACUUGAAUAUACCUGAAGCUUUGUGUGGCUUGUCACAUGGGAAUCAAUGUGUGUUUAUAGGCUCAAGGCUCCAGCUUCUUUAGCACAAAUGCUCGUGGCUGUGCUCCAGCCACCUAGGAGUGAGGAAGUUGUCCUGUGAUGCUGCGGAGCUCUCAGGAUGGGGAUCCCUGCCCACCGACUCACUGGCAGCACCCCUCUGAGUGGACAGUCUAGAGCACUUUGCUGAGUGGCCAGCAGCCUUUCUCAUUUGGAAAUGGCUCCUUGGACAGGCCAGGGCUGGGUGUCCUGUGGCCUCACCCCAGCCUUGGAGCUCAGAGGGAGGAAGAUGAUAAGUUCAGCUUGGGCUACUUAGCACUCCCUGUCUAGGAAAAAAAAAUUCCUUGACCCCAGAUAGCAUUUGGAACAUGUAUAGAGAAGCAGCAAGCAGAAUGAGACUUUCUUUCUUAACUGUUAAAGGGAGCAUAUUCUGCUAAGCAGGGAUAAGAUGAUUCUUGUGUGUAAACCUGUGCAGAGUAACAGAGGAAGGAGCCUAAUGGCUCCAUGGUCACAUCUGAAUCCUGGUGUCCCUAUGAGGACAAGAUUAUGGUUGCCAAGUAUGUUCCCACAGCAGAGGGUAUCUCCUGUGACCAGCACUCUGGAGCCUGUCCUGUGUCUGCCAUCUUCUUCAUCCUUUAUUGUAUUACUGAGCACUGUCAGUGGCCUGUGCUGGCUGCUGCUGCCUCAGGAAUUCCCUGCUGUCCCUCUAAUCUCCACUCUGGACUCAGUCCUCACAAGUCACACCAUCACUCCACUGCAGGACCUUUAGCAAACACACGUGCUAGGAGGUAUACCAGUAGAUGCUUGGUUUUUGGAGUUGUCCCCACGUCUGUUUGCUUCACUGACCUUAUGUAGUACAGCUGGGUCAGGGUUAGAAAUACCAGAUCCACCAGGCAGUAAUGGCAGUGUACACCUUUAAUCCCAGCACUUGGAAGGUAAAGGCAGGUGGACAGCCAGAGCCACACAGAGAAACCCUGUCUUGAACCACUACCACCACCACCACCCUCUAAAAAAAAGGGUGGGGGGAGAUCCAGGACUGAGCAUCUGAAAGCUGUGUUUCAGCCGUCCUAACUGCCUGCACCUCAGCAUUUGCCCAGGGCACAUGUUCAGGCGCCGAGAUGUCUGCACCUCUUAAAUUAAGGUUUCAACCCAGGAGUCUGGUGUUUCCCCUCUCCACUCCGAACCACCUUCCCACACAGGAUCUGGGAAGCUGGCACCUAAAUUCCAGGCUCCUUUUGGACUAUUAACAUCUUAAAUGUGAAGAGUGCCACGCAGUUCUUAAAAGCCAUUCUCAUGGUCUUGGGCUGUGCCUCCUAGGACCAUGGUAGGGGAGCAAGUUCUGUACUCUCUUGUCUUCCAGGGGUCCCAGAGCCUCCAGCUAAAUCAUGCAUAGACAUCUUCCAUGUUCAUAUAACAGCGCAAAGUGAUACUUGUGAACCCUGAGCAAUCUUUUCAAGGAAUUGAGUGGAAACUCAGACCACCUUGAGCUCUAAUGAUUGUGUUGUGGCUACUAGGUGUAUUCAGAUUUUAGUGGGUCUUGACCCUCCCCUCAGCCCCUAGGUGAGUGCCAGCUCACAUUUGGCGGCUCAGGCCUUGGUUCCAGGCUCAUGACUUGUGGGAGCUAUCUGAGGAAGACCAUGUAUACUCAUCUUGUGCUACAGCCCUGUUUUGUAGAAGCUGACAAGGAAGGACUUUAGACUCUAGGCCAACCCAGGGCCCUGUGGGGCUAGCAGGCUGCAUGAUGUUUUCUAAACACCUUGAUGUAAGGAAUUGACUGAAUAAAGUGCCACUGAUGACUUG